AUGGUGAGUGAGCUCGGUUACAAGGUUGAGCCGCAAUGGCAUUCGAAACCGAAUUACAUUCGGGUGAUUUGUGUUGGCGCCGGUGCUGCAGGCCUGCUGGUGGCCUACAAGAUGAAGAAAGAUUUCAAGAAUUACGAAUUCAUCUGCUAUGAGAAGCUCGUGCUCACCUUCCGUUGCGCCUGUGACGUUCCCGCACAUGCAUAUACCUAUUCAUUUGAGCCGAAUCCAGAGUGGUCGAGCUUUUAUGCCUAUGCGCCCGAGAUCAAGCAGUAUUUCGAGAAAUUCGCGGACAAGUACGAUCUCCAUCCGUCCAUAAAACUCAAUUCCAGAGUUCAAUCGGCAACUUGGGUCGAGGACAAAGGCAUCUACGAGGUUGAGGUUGACGCUGGGGGGCGUAAGAUCAACGACUGGUGCCAUGUCAUUAUAAACGGCACCGGUUUUCUCAACGACUGGAAGUGGCCAAAGAUCGAAGGAUUGCAUGACUUCGAGGGAAAGCUUCUUCACAGCGCAAAUUGGGACACAUCGGUUGAUUAUACGGACAAGACGGUCGCAGUAAUUGGAACAGGGUCGUCCGCCAUUCAAAUCGUGCCCCAGGUCCAGAAGAAAGCGAAACACCUGAUCACAUUCAUGAGAUCUGUGACCUGGAUUUCUCCACCCGUCGGGGCCCAAGUUCUUGAAGAGGACAAGAGCCAUUCAUCAGACUCGAGUCAGACCCAGGCUCCCCAGGCACAAUACUGGUACACCGAAGAGGACAAGAAGAAAUUUCGCGAAGAUCCAGAAGCCUUGCUUGAAUACCGAAAGAAACUCGAAUCUAGUGUCAACAAUCUGUUUGAUAUGUUUAUCGCCGGAUCGGAAACAUCCAAGUGGGCCGAAAAGCUGAUGCGAGAGGAAAUGCACCGGCGGAUCGGACCAGGACAUGAGGAACUCAAGGAGAGAUUGAUUCCAAAAUGGGCACCUGGCUGCCGAAGAAUAACUCCUGGUGAUGGCUAUCUCGAGGCUUUGGUCAAAGACAACGUGACGCCAAUCCAUAACGAGAUCGUCAAGGUAGUGCCCGAAGGACUGAUCGACGAUGCUGGUCGUUUGCACAAGGUCGACAUCCUUGUUUGCGCGACGGGAUUCAACCUCGCGUUUGCCCCGCCGUUCAAGGUCUUGGGAGUAAACGGCGUCAGUAUGGCGGAUGAGUUCAACCCCGAACCACAUGUUUAUCUCGCCCUCACAGUGCCCAAAUUCCCCAACUAUUUUGUUGUCAACGGUGUUCGCGGCAACUGGGCCUCUGGGACAUCUCUUCCAUCGCAUGAAGUCCAAGUCGAAUACAUCCUCCAGUGUAUGAAGAGGAUGCAGGAGGAGAACAUUCGAGCCCUGGAAGUCAAAAUGGAGCCAGUCAAGCAGUUGUAUGAGCAUAUUGACGAAUGGCACAAAGGCUCUGUCUGGAACACGGAGUGCAAGAGUUGGUAUAAAAACAAUAUCAUCGGUGGUAAGCUGUGGAUUUGGGGUGGUUCGGCGCUCCAUUACAUGAAAACCAUCAAGUUUGUUCGGUGGGAGCAUUAUGAUUUUCGAUAUAACAACAAGAACAUGUGGUCGUUCCUCGGCAAUGGUCGUGUGGAGGCUGAAGUGAUGAAAGAUACUUCAAGAUUAGCCCCCUACAUGAGAAACGAGGACUCUCACUACGUCGAAAGGGAAACCUGGCUUCAAAUUUGCUUCGAUCGAUCACUAGCAUCGAAAGAUCUUUACAUGAUGAAAGCCGCAAGAUACCACGGGCAACGCGAUUUGAGGGUGGAGGAAGUGGAUGUUCCACAGAUCGGGGACGGUCAAGUCCUGGUCCAAGUCGAAUGGUGCGGGAUAUGUGGCUCUGAUUUGCACGAGUAUCUGGUCGGACCGGCCGUUAUCCCCAGGAAGGAGGCACCCCAUCCACUGACUGGGGCAGUCCUGCCUGUGACGAUGGGUCACGAAUUUUGCGGUCGAGUGAGCAAGGUUGGCCCAAACAGCAAAUUACAAAUCGGCCAGGCUGUCAUGGUCGACCCGCGAGUUUUCUGUUCCAGCUGUCAUUCCUGCAAUAUCGGCGACACGAAUAUUUGCAACAGUUGGGGCUUUUUGGGGCUCCAGUCCAAUGACGGGGGAGGUUAUUCGGAAUACGUCGCAGUCAAAGAGGACAUGUGCUAUGUCCUGCCCGCUUCGGUGUCCUUGUCUGAAGCUGCCUUGAUCGAGCCGUUGACGGUAGCGAGGCAUGCAACAAAAAAGUCUGGGUUCGACGACUAUCGAGAUAAAACUGUUCUCGUACUUGGUGGCGGACCUGUUGGGCUAGCUCUAAUCUUUGUGUUGAAAGCCUCUGGAGUCAAAAAGCUCAUCGUGAGCGAGCCAACUGCCAAGCGGCAAGAACAGGCAGCCAAGUUUGUCGACGUGGUGUUGAAUCCCAAGGAGGUCAAUGUGCCAGAGAAAUGUCGCGAGUUAACGGACGGUAGGGGAGUGGAUAUUGUUUUCGAUUGUGCGGGAAUCAUGCCAGGUCUCAAAGAUGGUAUGGAUGCUCUUCGACGGGGCGGGACAUACGUUAACGUCGCCGGAUGGGAGAGAGAAUGCAUUGUGCCAAUGGGACAUUUCAUGUUGAAGGAGAUUAUCUUCAGGGCUUCAAUGAGCUACACUGAAGAAGACUUCAAACAAACUGUGGACGAAUUCGUGGCAGGAAAAUUCAAGGGUUUCGAGAAACUGGUUACGGCAAGAAUAGCAUUGGACGACGUCGUGGCGAAAGGGUUUGAAGAAUUAGUCAACCAUAAAGAUGAUCACGUCAAGAUCUUGGUAACGCCCAAGAGGGAGCUGUUGGCGCAUUGA